AUGGAUUUGGAAGUUGAAUUUUCGGACUCCUCAACAGAGGGGGAGUUAGACACUUUGGGGCGAUGUUUAUCUACUAAGGAUAUUGGCUUAGAAACGGUGAGCCGAAACCAAAGUCAGAAUCAGGUUCAAUCAGGUAGCUGUUCAAGGAGUGGGAGAAUUCGUAAGAUGCGGUAUUCAAACUUUUCCAAUAUUGAUAAUGAAAGUGAGUUAUCUGAGGAAUCUCUUUCUGAUUUUGGGGAGGGAUCUAAAAUACAAAGAACACGGGAUAGAUACAAUAAGAGUAGGACUUCCAGGUCAAAGAGUCAGUCUCGGAAGAAUGAGGACCUUGAAUAUGUGAACGAGGAGGAAUUUUAUGACAGUGAUGAUGACGAUUUUGUGAGUGAUGACUUUAACACAAAUUCACUUGGUGCUAGAAAGAGUACAGACUCUGAUGAUGGUGAUGAGGAUUUGUAUGAAGAGCCAGUUCAGAAGAAGCGAGGUAGAAAACCUUCUAAAACCAAGAUAUCACAAAAUAAUGCUGUUAAGAGGACUGCAAGGAGUAGUCGAAAAUCAGUAAACUAUUUAAGUUUUGAUGACUCAGUUUCAUUAGACUCAUUAACUCAAGAGUCUGAUGAAGCAGAGGCAGAUGUAUCUGUUUCAACCCAACAGAAUGUAAGGACAAUAGACAGAGUAAUUUCCAGUAGACAGAACCCUGAAGAAAAUAAUAUAACGCAAUAUCAAAUUAAAUGGAUGGGUUAUUCUCACCUACACAAUACAUGGGAGUCAGCUGAAUCUCUAAUAAAUGAAGGUGUGGCUGGCUUGAGGAGGCUGGAAAACUUCCAAAAGAAAAUGGCUGAUAUGAUUCAAAGACGUAAAUUAAUGACGGAGGACGAAAUAGAGCAGGAAGAUAUUACAUUUGAAAUUCAAAGACAACUUGAUUUGGAUGCUUUAAUUCCAGAGAGAAUUGUUGAUAUUUAUAGAGAAAAUGACAAUUCUGGAGUAGUAAAAAACAAUGAGGAAGAUCGGAAACAAUUAUACUACUUUGUUAAGUGGUUGAGUUGUCCUUAUGACCAAUGCACUUGGGAGUCUUAUGAAACUUUAGAAGAACAUAACUUCCUGUCAUACAUUGACUCCUUCUAUGCUCAAAUGGACCUUGUUUCUAAGUUUGAUAAGAGUUGUGACUACGAAAUGAGAUCUCUUGCCCUAACCUCAUUCGAGCCUUAUCUUUCAACUCCUUUUUAUAUGGGAAUAAAAGUUAAGGAUAUGUUAAACCAAAACAAGAAUUUGGAAAAGAUAGAUAUUAAGGAUGCGAUACCCGAAAAUGAUCAGCCAAUGAAGAUUGAGUAUCAACCCAAUAACAAUGAAAAUAAGCAGGGCAAUUCCAUUUCAGAGGAUGUAAAGAUGGAAGAUAAAGACACUCAAAAUUAUGAAGCUUUUAAAGAAGAGGUUGAAAAGGUAGAGGAUUCUAAUGACGAACCAUUCCAACCGAAAACUCUCAGGGACUAUCAAAUUUAUGGCUUAAAUUGGAUGAUUUCGAGGUUCAAGAAGAAUGUAAAUGUUCUUUUGGCUGAUGAAAUGGGGCUUGGAAAGACCGUUCAAACAAUUUCUGUAGUUGGGCAUUGCCUAUACAUGGAAAAAAUUGUUGCUCCAUUUCUUGUUGUGGUACCUCAAAGUACCAGUGAUAAUUGGCUACGAGAAUUCAAAAAAUGGCUACCAGACGCAAAUGUUGUGUUAUAUCAUGGUAAUGCCUAUGCUAGGGAACUAAUAAGGUCUUACGAACUUUCAACAAUUGAAAUGAAGGAUGAAACCAAUGAUAAUGAAGACACUGAGAACAGUGAUUUGAUUGAAAAGAACUGUUUCAAUAAUUCAGAUUCCAAAGAUGAAACACGUGAUAAAUAUGGUCAUAAAAACAUGCAAAAAUACGCGCGCGCGGGGACUGGUGGUAAUGGAUUAUUUAGGCGUUAUGGGUCGAGAUCGUCCAGGCAAACAAGAAGGAGAUAUAGAUUUGAUGUAGUAAUAACUACUCCUUCAAUACUAAACAGCCAAGUCGACUGUGACUUUCUUCGCCAAAUUGAUUGGUAUAUGAUGAUAGUGGAUGAGGCUCAUCAAUUGAAGAAUAGGGACAGUAAGCGUUUUAAGGAAUUGCACGAGUUUGGAACAAUGUACAGGCUAUUAUUGAGUGGAACUCCAUUACACAAUAAUUUAGAGGAGCUUUGGAGUCUUUUACAUUUUCUUAAUCCAUUAAGGUUUCAAAAUUAUCAAGAAUUUAGACUAAGGUACCCUGAUAUAGAGAAUCCAAAUGUUAUUGGGCCAGAUAAGCAGAGACAAUUAGAAGAACUACAGAAUGAAUUACAAGAGUAUGUUUUAAGGAGAGUGAAGAGAGAUGUUGAGAAAAGUUUGCCAAAUAAAGUGGAACGAAUUCUAAGAGUGGAACUUUCUCCUCAACAGACAGACAUGUACAAAUCAAUUCUGACUCGUAAUUAUGACGAACUGAGUAAGACUACAGGAGGUACAAAGACCUCUUUGCAAAACAUAUGUAUGGAGCUUAAGAAGGUUUGUAAUCAUCCUUUUCUGAUUCACAGGCCAGAGCUAGAUCCUUCUCAGGGUAUUACAAUUGCUAGCAUUCAGCACCAGCUUGUUUAUGGAUGUGGUAAAUUGUGCCUACUUGAUAAAUUACUUUCAAGGUUAAAAGAAAAAGGAAGCAGAGUACUGAUUUUUUCCCAGAUGGUGAGAAUGCUAAAUAUUAUAUCGGAAUUCUUGAUUCUCAGAGGAUUUAGACACCAACGUUUAGACGGGACAAUGGGAAAAGAACUUAGAAAAAAAGCAAUGGAUCACUUUAAUUCUCCUAAUAGCGACGACUUUUGCUUUCUUCUUUCCACCAAAGCUGGCGGACUUGGAAUUAAUUUAACUACUGCCGAUACUGUAAUCAUCUAUGACUCAGACUGGAACCCACAGAAUGAUUUACAAGCAGAAGCUAGAGCUCACCGUAUAGGCCAAAAGAAACAAGUUCAAAUCUAUAGACUUGUUACUAAAGACUCAAUUGAGGAAAAUAUUCUUGAGAGGGCAAAAACUAAAAUGGUCUUAGACACUUUAGUAGUUCAAGGACUUAAUAACAUCAGCUCAAACAGCUCUCAACCACAAAUUAGCUCUUCUGCAGCCGCAUCUGUGGUUGCUAUGGCUUCCCAGGCACUUUACCCAAAUGGAAAAAAACCUGGCUCUGGUGGAGCCUCUUUUAGUCGUGAUGAACUUGCCAAAAUAUUAAAGUUUGGUGCCCAGAAACUGUGGAAUAAAGGAACAGAAAAAAAACCCGCCCAAAAUAUGUCAAGUUCGGACCCUGCAUAUAGUCACUGUGCCAAUUCUGAAUGUGGGGAAACUUGCAUGCACGAUGGAAUUCAUGUGGACAAUAAUCAAGGUGCAAAAAAACAGUUAAAAGUAGAAAAUGAGAAUUCAGAAGAUUUUUUGGAGGAAGAUAGAAGAUUUGCAUCUCAGAUUGAUUUAGACCAAGUCUUGGCUGACGCUGAGGAACAUGUACAUGAUACACAGGGCCUGGCUGACGGACUUUUGCGUUCAUUUGCAAAUAUUGCAGAUUUUAGGUAUGAGGCGCCACCCCUAAUCAUUGAUUCAAACACUGGAGCUUUGGUUCCGCUGAGCGAGAAUAAAAAGGCAGAAGGUGAAGUGGAUUUUGAUAGUAAAGAAUUUUGGGAAAAGACAAUUCCAGAGGAGGAGAGGCUUAAGUUAAUGGAACAAAAUCAACAAAAUACAAUAAUUACUGGUCCUCGAAAGAGUGCUAUGAGAGAUGGUUCUCUAAAGUAUAGAGAUGAUGGAUAUACAUAUGUUGGUGUUGAUAAUUCUGGGUCUGAUGAUGGGAAGUUAGGCGAUCAAGGAUCAGAUGAGGACGAAACUUUCGCAACAAAAAGUAAAAAGCAGUCAAAAAAAAAAUUCAAGGAAAAGAAUAAGAAAUCAAGUGGGGGAACUUCUGGAAAGAGUAGAGCUUCUGGCUCAAAUGGAAAUAAUAAGAAAACAGAUUUAGGUCAAUCUGAACAAAUUGAAAAUACUGAAAUGAAAUUAGGUUCUGAAAAAGAUUUGGAUAAAACUCCAGAAAGUUUGGGAGAAUUAGUUCCUAAUAAGGAAUAUCCGCUUCCUGAGCAACCACUGCAUAAUAGGGAAGACUUUGAAGCAUUAAUGUUGGAAAUAACUAGUUUUCCACACAAAUAUAAUCAAGAUAAUGAACAAUUUCCAACUGAAAUUAAUAAAAUCUACAGAGACAUCUCAAACGGGGUAAAGUCAGUUAAGAGUGGGAAGAGAUCAAGAAGAGAUCCUCGAGUACUGCAUCCAAAACGUAGGUUUAAGUUAUUUAGGUCAAUCUUAAAAUUUGGAGAUCCAUAUAGAAGAUUGGAUGACAUUAUAAUGGAUUCCAGAUUAAAAGGUAAAGUUGAAAGGGGUACUAUAUUGAAUGAGUCUCAGAUUAUUGUUGCCCUGUGUUACGAGAAAACCCAAAAAGAAUUGGUCUCUGAAAGUGCUUUAAACAUAUCCAAGGAGGAGGUAGAAAUUAGAGAUGAAGAGGAUAUUCAAAUUACUAAUUCAAAUUGUGAGGGCACUAGUAUUUUGGAAGGCCAAUCAACUGCAGAUACUACAAUAAUAGGAGGCGUAUCUUUAGAACCUGGUUCAAUAGAAGAUUUUGUUGAGGAAAAUGAUGUGGAUAAUAGCAAUCAUGGUUCUAAGGCCUUAAAAAAGAAUUUACUUUUGAUUGGAAAUCACAGAGCAAAUGCUUUAGAGCUUGUUGAAAGGAUUAAGAUGCUAUCUUCACUUGAUAAACUGAUGAGAGAAUGCAAUCCGGGGGUAGAAAAGCCUUGGAGUCUUCCAACUGGUCCCUUAGCUAGGCCAGAUAGAGAAUCAGUUAAGAGAGAUGAAGAUAACGAGAAUGAAAAUGAGGAUGAUGCUGAUGACGAGGAUGAAGAUUUAGAUGAAGAGGAAGAUAAAGAAAAACCGUUUGAUCUUUCUGUUGAAAAUUCCUUUGAAGUUAAAGAGACAGAACCACCUACGGAGAAUGAAAACCAAGAAAAACCAUCUGAUGUGAGUGAUCUUGAGGGUAGGUACCUUAAAUUUGAGCUUCCUCCUAUUUUGGUUAAAUCACUUAGAACUCCUUCUUGGGGGAUUCCCUGGACUCUUCAAACUGAUAUCGAUAUACUCAAAGGCAUUUAUAUAUACGGAUUUUCAAAUUGGACAAUGAUGUCAAUGGAUGAAAAUUUGUCUCUCUCAUGUAUUAAAAGUGUAAAGUUUGAUAAGCUAAAACAAAGAACUUUAAGAGUGAUGAAGCAUUUACAUUCAGUAAUGGUUAUAGGUAAAACUGCUCGUAAGAAAAGAAAACUUAUCCCAGCUUUUGCUUCUGAUCAAGAAUAUCCCGAUACUUGUAAAGGUGAGAAUUCUAUCCCUAAACGUGGUAAGAAGGUUGCAAGAAAGUAUGAGGAUCCGAACCACAAGGAUAAAGGAGGGCAAACAUUUGGACAGUUUAAUGAUAACAAUGGCAAUGAAAUUGCAAAUUAUUCAAAACCCUUAGUUGUUGGUGGUAAAAAGGGACUACCAGAAUUUGUACUUGAAUGUUCCAAUAUUGAUGAGAAGGAUUUAAAAAAACAAGCAAGGACGUGUUUUAAUCAUAGUAACGUAAAACCUCAGCUUUUAGAGAUCAAGAAACUUUUCCACCCUACAAAUAAUAUGACCGACUCCGAUGUUGUUGCUAACCUCAAAGUUUUACUUCCUGUUGUUGGGGAUGAAAUCAAUGAGAUCCUUAAAUUUGCAAUGAAUGAGGAAACCAGAAAGAAGGUCCACGACUGUCUUUGGUCUUAUGUUGCCAAAUGCACUGUUUUCCAGCCCCAAGACAUAGAAAAGAUUUAUCUUAGCUGGAAAGGCAUUGUUUCUCCAGAGCCUAGUACAGGUGCUGUCACUGAAAUCAAUCCCAAUCCUUCAAUUGAGCUUGAAACUGACCCUGAACCUAAAUCUGGUCCUAAACCUGAGCCAGAGCCUGAGCCUGUGCCUGAGCCUGAGCCUGAGUCUAGUCAUACCGGUCGUUCUAAUUUUCAAUAA